GCCGGGACCCUGCGGCGGUGCGGUGCGAACACCUGAGAUCGAAGGUCCAUAUUGUUUCGGCAUGAUGUCGUGGUUGAUGCUUGCCGUGCUUGCAUUUUUUCGACUAGUGGAGGCGAUGCCAACCUUUCACAUCAACCUGGAUUUGCCUCCAGCAGAACGCUUCCAUGAAGUCACUGCACGCUUUCGCCAGGAUCAGCUUGCCGUUUUGGCGCAAAUGAAGCAAGUCCUGAAAGAGAAAUUUGCAGAGGAUGAAGUGCAGCAAUGGGUAGCAGCGUUGAAGGCACAUGUGCCGGAGGAGGAGGAGUUCAAAGAAGAGAUUGCAGGCAUUGCGAAGGAUUUGGCGAAGGGACACGCCUCAGAAGAGCUCUAUGACCAGAUUCUGCUCUUCAAUGCCGUUUACGAGUUGCAGUUUACAAACGACUGCUCUGGCAUUCUGGCGGCGGAUGUGGCGGGGACCGUGAUCCAUGGCCGCAAUUUGGACUUCCAUUUUCUGUACAAGAUGCCAGAUGGCAGUGAACACAAUUGGCCAGAUUUGGCCUUCAACGCCAUCUUCUGGCGCCAGGGGAAGCAGCUUCUCAUGGCACCCAGCUUCGCUCUCUUCAACGGAAUCCACACUGGCAUGCGAUUCGAUGGAUGGAGCUUUGAACAAAACACCCGCUUCACCAACGACCACAAGUUGAAUCUCGAAGAGUUGAAGCGUGGAGGACGGCUCUUUGGAUGGACUGUCAGGCAUUACAUGCAAACCAUUCCAGACUACAAGACCGCCUUGGAGAAGAUGAGUCGAAGCCACUGGGCGGCGCCGCAGUACUUCAUCAUGGCAGGAGCAGGCCCCUUCGAGGGCGCUGUGAUUGCACAAGAUAGGGGAACUGGAAAGUCCUUGGCGGACACUCCAGAGAUUCAACACAUUAGUAAAGAGGCCGGCGUUUGGAACAUCGUGCAAACCAACGACGAUUCCAACAAGAAAGCGGAUGACCCCAGAAGACCUUUGGCGCAGAUGAUGCUUCGUCGACAGCACCAGGAGGAUGUCAGUACCAGCUUCAUGUGGCGCGACAUUGUAUCGCCGGAGCUCCGUAACGACAUGACGGUCUUCACCUGGGUGGGUGUGCCGAAGACGCACUACUGGUUCACGGCGCUACGAAACGAGUCCAUUCCAACAGAUGCCUUUGAGCCCAAGGCGCUGAAUCAAGGCCGCGGAAAAGUGGUGGGUGCGACCAAAUGGGCCAGACAAGCGCUGCUUCAAACGGAGUGAGCGCCGCAAAGCGGUGCGGAGCAGCGAAUGUAUUCAUUGCCGACCGAACGUGGUUAAUGUGGUUA